UCCUCCCACCUUCUUCCCCACAUACCUCCCUUAACUGUUCUCAAAAGAUAGCUUAAAUGCUAAGCCACCCCUGCCUCCUAGCCUGAAGAGAAAUCAAGCUUCAAAAUCUCUUUGUAAUUUUGACACAAAAAGGAGGGGAAAAAACAACCAUGACUUCCACAAACACCCAAAUCAUCUCUUAUUCUCCUCCUCCGCCUUCUUCCUCUUCUAAAUCCACCCGUCUAUUCGCUUAUGAAGUCUUCUUGAGUUUCAGAGGAGAAGACACCCGCUAUGGUUUCACCGAUCAUCUUUAUGAGGCUUUGAUUUCCUAUGGAAUUCACACCUUUAGAGAUGACGAAGAAAUCAAGAGAGGAGGAGAAGUUGCGUCUGAGCUCCUGAAUGCUAUUGAAGAAUCAAAGAUUUUUGUUAUCAUUUUUUCGGAAAACUAUGCUACCUCCAGGUGGUGUCUAGAUGAACUCGUGAAGAUCUUCGAAUGCAUGGCAACAAAGCAGCGACUAAUUCUACCCAUUUUCUGUCAUGUGGAUCCAUCAGAUGUCCGAAAACAAUCAGGAAGUUAUGACCAAGCAUUUCUUGAUCACGAAAGAGAAGCAGAUGUGGAGAAAAAGGAGAAGAUUCAGAAGUGGAGACUUGCCUUGACAAAAGCAGGCAAUCUAGCUGGAUAUGACCUACAAAAAUAUCGAUAUGAGACAAGGCUUAUUAAGGAAAUUAUUGAUGUCAUCCUCAGAGAAAUGAAUUCUAAGCUCUUACUACCUGUUAGCAAGAACAUGGUUGGAAUGAAUUUUCAUUUGGAAAAAUUGAAAUCAUUGAUAAAAAUUGAGUCAAAUGAUGUUCGCAUGAUUGGGAUUUAUGGACUUGGUGGAAUUGGUAAGACCACAAUCUCCAAAGUUGUUUAUAAUAACAUCUUCCAUCUCUUUGAGAGUAGUAUCUUUCUUUCAAAUGUGAGAGAAAGAUCCCAAGACUACCCAAGUCGGCUUCAAUUGCAAAAAGAACUUCUGAAUAGUGUCAUAAAGGGAAAAAAUAUGGAAAUAAAUAAUAUUCAUGAGGGGAUUAAUGUGAUAAAACAGAGACUUCGCUCAAAAAGGGUUCUUCUGAUUCUUGAUGAUGUAGAUAAAUUAGAGCAAUUAGAAUUCUUAGCUGGAGAGCGUGGUUGGUUUGGUCUUAGAAGUAGAAUCAUCAUAACAACUAGAGAUCAACACUUGUUGAAGGAGCAUGAAGUGGAUGUACCGCCAUAUGAAGUUAAGGAGUUAGAUUAUGAGGAAUCACUUCAACUUUUUUGUCAACAUGCCUUUAAACAAAAUACUCCUAAAAAAGAUUAUGUAGAUGUCUCAAAUGAUGUGGUAGAUUAUGUUAAUGGCCUACCCUUAGCCCUUGAAGUUUUGGGUUCUUCUCUUUUUAGUAAAAGCAAGGCUGAGUGGGAAAGUACAUUACAAAAACUAAAAAGAAAACCCAACAUGACAGUCCAAAAUGUGCUUAGGACAAGCUUUGAUGGACUAGAUGAGAUAGAGAAGGAUAUAUUUCUUGAUGUUGCAUGCUUCUUCAAAGGAUGUAAUGAAAAGGAUGUUACAAGGCGACUUGACCAUGCAAAGGGUGUAAUAAGAGUUCUUAGUGACAAGUGUCUAAUAACUCUUUCACAUAACAUCAUAAGGAUGCAUGAUUUGGUACAAGAAAUGGGUAGAGAAAUUGUUCGACAUGAUCAUCCUAAAGAGCCUGGGAAAUGGAGUAGACUGUGGGACCUUGAUGAUAUUUGCCUCAUAUUGAGAAAAAAAACGGGGACGGAAGCAAUUGAAGGGAUAUUUUUAGACAUGUUUAGAUCAAGAGAAAUCUCAUUCACUGUUGAAGCUUUCAAAAGGAUGGAGAGACUUAGAUUGUUCAAAGUUUACUGGAGUUGUGAUGUUAAGGUUAAUGAUAUGGGAAAGGAGUAUCAAAAACUCCUCAUUCCUAAAGACUUUGAAUUUCCGUCAUAUGAUUUAAGAUAUCUUCACUGGGAAGGAUACUCUUUAAAAUCCUUACCCUCAAAUUUUGAAGGGGAGAACCUCAUUGAACUCAACUUGGAGCAUAGCAAUAUAAAACACCUUUGGCAAGGGGAAAAGUGUCUUCAAAAGUUAAAGGUCUUGAAUUUAUCAAGCUCUCAGCAGCUUACCGACAUGCCACGCUUCUCAAAUAUGUCAAAUCUGGAGAAAUUGAAUAUUCAAUUUUGUGGAAGUUUAGAUAAUGUUGACUCAUCCAUUGGUUUCCUAACGAAGCUUACUUUAUUGAAUUUGAGUGGGUGUCGAAAGAUUAGGAGCUUGCCAAAUACCAUUCAUCGCUUGGUCUCUCUUGAAAGUCUUUAUUUAGAUGGUACUACUAUUCAAGAAUUACCCUUCUCAAUGCAUCAUCUCACCUUACUCGUUUUGUUAUCUACUAGAAAUUGA